AUGGAGCCGGGGCUGUGGCUCCUUCUCGGGCUCACAGUGACCUCCGCAGCAGGAUUUGUGCCUUGCCCCCGGCCUGGGGGCUCAGGCAGAACCAGUGUGUCCCAGGCCCCCCCUGAAGCUGGAUCAGAGGGGGACUGUGAAGAUACUGUGGCCCCAACAGCUGCACAGCCUACAAAUCCUGCACGUUCUGGGCAGAAACAGGGAUCAGGCAAUUCUCCAGAGCAGGAGGACCAAGGGGUCCCUGCACACCACCGUCCUCGGCGCUGCACGUGCCUCACUUACAAGGACAAGGAGUGUGUCUACUAUUGCCACCUGGACAUCAUCUGGAUCAACACGCCCGAACAGACUGUGCCCUAUGGACUGUCCAACUACAGAGGAAGCCUUCGGGGAAAGAGGUCCUUGGGGCCAUUUCCAGAAAACUCUGGGCCUUCUCCACAGACACGCCUGCGCUGCGCUUGCAUGGGGACAGGUGACGAGGCCUGUGAGCGCUUCUGUGCACACGCCACAGAUGUUAACAGGUUGAAGUCAAGGACAGACAGAGCCCGCAGGCCAUAG